GGUGCGUGCUGGCGACGAGUCCAAGUUGAACCAGCACUGCGCCAGCAAAGGUGUAGUACGUGCCACGUGGGUCGAUCCAGGCACUCGCACCUGUCAAGCUGCGAAGUCGAGAGCAACUGAACCACGCAUGCUAUGUCAUGUCCAUCGAGGCAUCCGGAGGCGUGAUCGCUAUUCGCCGGGGAAUCGCUUCGCUCGUGACCCCUGGCGAGGUUGCUUCCUUCCUUCCUUUGGUGGUAGUAUUCGUGCUACCCGGUAGUACAAAGGUAUUUCGUUCUGUUCUGAUUCCAGCUCAGAAGAGACAGAGAGAUUGUGCGGAGAAGAAGAAGAAGCAAAGAGAGGAUCGAGCCAAUGGUUCGGGAGGAGGAUCUUGAUCUGGUGCUGGUGCCCCUGGGGCUGGCGGUGCUGGCCGGCUACCACCUGUGGCUCCUCCACGCCAUCCUGCGCCACCCGACCCGCACCGUCGUCGGCCUCAACGCCCUCGCCCGGAAGCGCUGGAUCGCCGUCAUGAUGGCCAACACGGAGAAGAACGGGGUGCUGGCCGUGCAGACGCUGCGGAACAACAUCAUGGCGUCCACGGUGCUGGCCACGACGGCCAUCACGCUCGUCUCCGUCAUCAGCGUCUUCAUCGGCGCCACGGCGGGCCGCUCCCCGGCGGCGCCCUCGCCCUCCUCGUCGUCGUCGCCGCUGCUGGUGUACGGGAGCAAGACGGGGCGGGUGUUCGCGGUCAAGUACCUGGCCAUCUCGCUCUGCUUCAUGCUCGCCUUCGUGUGCAACGUGCAGGCCAUCCGGCUGUACGCGCACGCCAGCUUCCUGCUGGGCCUGCCGCCGGGGGGAGACGAGGACGACGGCGGCGCGGCGGAGCAGUUCAGGGCGUACGUGGCGCGCACGGUGAACCGCGGCAGCCACGCCUGGUCGCUCGGCCUCCGCGCCUUCUACGUGUCCCUCGCGCUCUUCAUGUGGACCUUCGGCCCCAUCCCGAUGCUCGCCUGCAGCGUCCUCAUGUGCGCGCUGCUCUACUUCCUCGACACCUCCGCGGACUACGCCAAGGGGAUACAGCACAUGCACGGCGAAGGCGAAAGGGGCGCCCGCAAAGAUGGCGCCGUGUGAGCUUUGCCGCAUCGAGAGUGUCCGGACGAAACAAACUCGGGAGACGAUGUGAUGAUCUUUUGCUGAGUUGGUACAGAGAUCAGUGGUAGAAACGACGACAUGCAGCAGGAAGUGGGUAGUGAGCAGGUUUCCGUGCCCCCGUGUGGACUUACCGCGCAUGAUUUAUAGCCGGAUUACAUUACUUGUUUCUGUGGAAUUUCAUCUAACUA